AAAUUGUGUUAAUUUCGUGUUAACUCGUUUACUGAAGUAAUUGUACCGACUACAUUGAGAUAAGUAAAGAUAGUCUCGAACAGACGUUCGUACAUUCUUUAGUUUCUUUAUUGCUAUAUCGUUUAAAAAAAUAAGACGCUUCAAUUAUAUUUAUGUCCUAUUUUCUAUAUUGUUUGUUAAAUUAAAAAGCGUGCCGUCGCAAGCAAGUUAAAUAAUAUGACUCAUCAUUGCCUGGGCUCAUUGCAACUUACUACCGCACCACUCAAACACUCCAGCAUAAAAUUGAAAAUAUAAUUCAAAGCGAUUAGAUAAACAAAUCAGUCUUGCUAAAAUUCGGUUGGACUGCGGUCAAGUAAUUUCGACGAUUAAACCAUUGAAUAUUCGGAAUCGGUUAUUGCGUUGAAUUUUGCUGUAGGCAAUAAAGAAAAGCUUCAAAGUUUUUCGUCAAAAAUGUUUUGCAAAUGUCUUAGAAAUAAAUGCAUAUAAAAAAUAUAUCAAAAAUUUAAAUCAAAAUUAACGUAACACAAAGAAGUGUAUUCUAAUAAUCAAUAAGAGAAUGUAAGUUACUCCAAUAAAAACGUAAGAGAAUCAAAAUUUUAUAACAGUCUCAAAGGAUGGCUCCAAUUUUUAUUUUGACGGCAUUGGUGAUGCAUCUACUUUAUUUCACAGUACAAAGUAUAACAGUCUGUCAACGACGAACUAAUUGUUCGGAAUAUCUUAUGAAUAUAACUGAAAAUAUGACCAAACCCGGAACAAGUAAUUUAUUAGGACAGAUUUCAAUUCCACCUCCUCCAGUAAAUGAUGAAUACUACUUAAAAAUAGCCUUGAACAGUAACAUUGAAGUAACGAAAAAAAAUUUAAUUGGAUUUCGAGACUAUCGAUUAGAAUUGGCACGAACGAUAUAUGACAGCGUUCGAGCUGCUAGUCAAAGUAAACCUUUGUUGUAUUAUAUUUAUUAUCCCUCGCACAAACCGAUUCCGACAAUAUCUGCAAUAUGGUUUAACAGUCAAUCAUACUGUCCGGAUCUCGAAUCAAAUGGAAUAAUUAAUGCUACUAUCGAGUUAGGACAUAUUGUGUACCCGGCAAGCAACAAUUCUUGGUUGUUGCUACGAAAUUCAAGCAGUUAUCGUAUAGACAAUCCGAGUCAAGACCGUCUAAGCUUCUUGAGCCACUCUAGAUCCACUUCUGUUGUUGAAUUUGCCAAUAACGAAUGCGGUAUCACUAAUUAUUACACCGAUGAUACAAAUCGAUUAUAUCCCAUUGGUCAGGAGACAUUUCCUGGCCAGUGGCCAUGGGUGGUAGCUCUCUUCAAGAAACCACAAAAGUACAGAUGUGUUGGUUCUGUUCUAACAACCACACAUAUUAUAACAGUGGCAAAAUGCCUUGACAGGAUCGUAAAUCCUAAUGAUUUGAUUGUGGUUUUGGGACUACCUAACUUGUCUAAGUGGACAGAAAAAAACGUAAUACAUAGAAAAGUGGCAAACUACACAAUUCACCCUGACUAUGCGUAUUCAUCGUCCGCUGAUUCCGAUCUGGCGAUUGUGAUUUUAAGCAGGCCUGUUGAGUACAGUCCUUUCAUUAAGCCAAUUUGUCUCUGGUCUGGAUCAACCAAUCUUCAAAAUCUCAUUAAUAAUAAAGGAUAUGUUGUCGGAUGGCGCGAUAUAUGUUGUGAUUUAACAAUUAAUUGGGAUUACCAAAUCAAUUCUAAUCUACGUAUGGCAAGAAUACCUAUAGUGAGUCAGGAGACUUGUCUUCGGAGUAAUCAGAUUUACUUCAACCUCACAUCAGAUCGUACCUUUUGUGCCGGUGGGAACAUCUGUUGCAGUGCUCCUGGUGGCAUCGGAACCGGACUGGUCAUUUUCGAUAAUACUACAGGUCAUUAUCAUUUACGUGGAAUUAUUUCGCGAAAACCUUUCUGCAAUGCCAAUAAUUACAUCGUUUACGUUGACGUAGCUAAAUACAUAUCCUGGAUUCAACAACAGAUUUCUACUACAUAAUACCGACUUUCAAUGCAAAAUGCAAAUGUUAACAAUCAAGCUUUAUGUAUAAGUUUUAUGAAAGCUUUUAUAUGUAUAAAACAAUAGCAAUUAUACACGAGAUAAUAACAUAAUUUUAUUUUUAAUUUUUAUCUCUAACAGUUUACCUGAUUUUUCUUAUCAUAAUAAAUUUAUUUUGAUACUGAAACAGCAUAAGUAUAAGUAAAACAAUUGUACAAAUGUAGUUACAGUCAAUUUAUUAAUAACUUUAAAAAAAUUGUAUUAUAACACGGAUUAUUAAUAAAUUAAAUAUAUUUAUUCUACUCAUGCGUUUACUUCCCGUACUCACAGGGAGUAGUUGGCUUACCGCACCGUAACACAAAAUACUAUAAUAUUUUGGAACAUAAGGCAUAAUUGCAAAUUAAUAUAGUAAACAAUUGAUGUUAAACUGAUGAACAUAUAAUUAUAAUAUUAAUGAUAAAUUUAUAAUUAUAAUAUUAAAAUUAUAAUUAUAAUAUUAAAAUAAGUAGCAAGAGUCUUUUUCGUUCUUUGCCUUUAUUAUUUAUUAUCUUUUUUUGUUUUGUUACAAAUAAUAAUUGUAAUAUUAGUUAAUUCUCUUUAUAAUUUUCCUUUAUAAUUUUUAUAUACAGCUCCUAUUUCUUUCACGCACCAUUAUUUUGGGCCUUAAAAAACUGUUAAAUUAAAAUAGGAUAAUAAUUCUAAACAGCACAUGUGUAUAUUAGUCAACUUGAUUUCAAAAAGAUAAGAAAAAAAUUGUUAACAGUUUGCAUCCUGAUUAAGUGCAGUCAACAAAUCAAUACAAUAAUAUAAUGAAUAAAAUAUUCAAAAAAUAUAGACAAUUUUUAUAUUACAAUACAAAAACAUUUAAAGCAUAAAAUGUAUAUAUAUCUGCUUUCGUGUUUUACGCUUUAUCUACGUUUUCGUUUAUAAUUUAUCAUUAUAUUGUCUUCUUUUUUUAUUAUUUUGCUCCACUAGCAAAAGUUUACAUAAUGAAUAAAAUAAAAAGAUUUUUUUUAAAUGUGAAAUAUGUUUAAACAUAUUGUAAACGUAUUAAGCGCAUUGUACAAUACAUAUUAAUACAAUACGUACACAUUCAAAAGCGCCUUGUAGUAAAAAAAAUGCUGUAAGCUAUUCUAAAAAAAAAGCAGUGAUUAUAUGGGUUAUACGCAGAUAAACGAAGAUAGUUUUGAACAUGUGUUCGCGUAUUUUUCAGUUUCUUCCCUUUUUUAUAUUUAUCUAUAAAAGGAAUAGCUCCAAUCAUAUUUAUGUCUUAUUAUCUUUGUUGUGUUUGUUAACACUUGAGAAAGAUUGCGUGCCUUCUCGGACAGUUGAGUGAUACGACGCGACUUGUAAUCGCUUCUGUAGCCCACUACAUUAUUUAAACACAUCUCCACCAUAAAGCUGCAAAUAUAAUUUAAAGCAUUUCGAUAAAGAAUCAGUCUUACAAAGAUUUAGUACAACUGCGUUUAAUUUUGCAGUUUAACACACUGAAUAUAUCCAUAAUCGAUUAUUGCGACAUUAAAUUCCACUGUGAGCCAUAAUAAAAAGCCUUAGAGUACCUCAUCAAGUGUGUUUCGAAAAAGCCUCA